CCAUCACUGCCUCAGUAUGUCGCGUGUAUCGGGCGCUUGCGCUUGGUCCCGUUGCUAGUAGAUUAGACUUGAGGUUAUGAUCAAGUUUUUACAUUGUUGAUCAGAGCGUAUAUUUUCAGUUUAAAUGUACGUGGAGUUCGGGUCAAGAUUCGCGUUGGCGAGUCACGCGGUUCGUCACCGCUCUCAACGUUCUGUUCAUCCGAAUGUUGAUAUUUCCAGAUACAUUUAUCUCCAUUGCCAGUAACAUAUAUAAAACAUAGUUUAUAUUUUAUUAUGAAGCGGCGUCAACGAAGGCCUGUUCUCGAGCUUAAUCAGUCGCAAUCUAGCUCCCAUCCGGAUCACUUACAGAAUAAAUGGAAACAUGUAAGCAACGAUCACCAUGGACAAGAUGUACCUGCGAAUCCUUUGGCAAAUUUACUCUGCCAUUAUAACUCGGACAGCGACAAUGAGGAGACCAAAAGGGAUUGUAAAUUAGAUGAUCAAGUGAAUAACUUUUUUAAGGAGAUUCAGCUAAUUGCUCCAAAACAAUCGGACUCCAGUGAGUCUAGCGAUGCUGCCUUAGCCACGAAUUCAAAUCCACGUCUAACACAAAUUAAUCAAUCGGCACUCAAGUGGCGUGAGUGUUUAGACGAAUCCUCCGGUUAUCCGUACUAUUGGCAUAUAGAAACGAAUGAGGUAACAUGGGAGAUGCCGGAAGAGUUGCGUUACUACAAGAACAAUGUAAAAACGGGCGCGAUUGCGAAACCGCCUCCGGUGCACGAUUCUUCUCAUUGGGUCGAUUUCUCGUCCGUUACAUAUCAGCAAUCUCACGAGAAUAUCCCGGAGGGAAUGAUACCGAGGGAGGUGGUGGCACGAAACCGUAAUAGGUAUAUUUGCAAUGAGACUAUUAGCCGGAGGCAGGAGUCUCAGACCGAGCAAGAGGCCGCGAACGCGUCCGAUAAUGACUCCGACGACGGGAAGAUAGAAAUGAUCACGUCUUACGGGAGCGAGGAGAGCGACUCGGAUACGGACGAGGGUCAGUCAAAGAACGAUGCGUCGAACGAUUCUAAGGGCUCGAGGUCGACGAAGAGCAACGAGGCGUUCCCUUCGCCGGCGGUCGUAAUGCAGCCGCUGUUGCCUACGGUCUCCCAGAAUCCAAAACAAGAGCACGAGACUAAAGGUAUUGCAGAGGAAUCCAGGGUAGAAUCUGAUUCGAAGUUGGUCGAGGAUUCGGAGGCGAAGUACUUAAAGAACGCGGUUCAAGAGAACAACGAAUCGGUAGAGAAUUAUGACGGUCGAACGGUUAAGAGCAAACUCAGUGUUGAAUCCGAUAUAGACUUUCGGAUUUCUUUGGUUCCUGGAUAUGAUGAAGAGUCAGACGCCGAAGAGGAAUCUGAAGUGAAACAAGAACGGAAGGCUUUGUUUCCUAUUCCGCAAACUGAAGAGACUGUGGACGUUGUAGUUCCGCGAAAGAUGAUCACGGACGAGAAAACGAGAGACAGUAACGAUGGUGACACGGAUAUAGAAAAGAGAGACGCGCAAGAACAGAACAACGAAGAGCUCGCCGAGAGACUGGAAGGAGAAUCCAAGAUAGAGGAGGACGUGCAAAAGGGGAAUAAAUUCCUAGACAACCUUCACGGGCGCAGUAAAUUCCAAAGGAAACGGCGAAUCGCGUUCGACGUUCCAUCGAAACCAUCGAAGGUGAGCGACAAUGAGUCGAAUAAAUCAGAAACGGACGCGCAACGCGAGGAGACGAACACUUACGAUGAGUACACCGUGGAACCAGCGGUCGAGCAGCAAGAGAAAUCCAAUCCCGAAAACGUGGAAGAGAACGUUCCAAGUUUCAAGGAUGAUUCGACUAACACCGAAGAGGAAACGAAGGUGCAGCCAGACGAAGACUCGAAGGAGGAGGAAGAAGAAGUGAACUCACUGUCGCAGGUCAUACUCGAGAAACUGAAGUUCCUGUCGGAGGGGAAACCAGCUGUGUCUCCGGUCCAGACAAUGUCUAUUCGUUUACAGACGUUGUUUGUCGCGUGGGAGGCAGGUUGCUUAGAAAAAGAUUACUUGCGUAGAUGGUUGACUGAGACCAGUCACGAACUGGAACGGUUGGAACAAGACGCCGCGCCGCUCGGAUGGCUUUGUCAAUGGGAUAGGUCGCAUAAGCGAUAUUAUUACCAGAACACAACCACCGGAGUCACGCAGUGGACUUAUCCGGACACUGGCAUCGCCGGUGGUGCCGAAGAGAUGGAAAUCUGUUCCACGCCGCCACCCACCGACCAGGAGGAGAUGAUCAUACCCGCCGAGGAUGAGAAGUCUAAACCAAAGAAGUCCCAAGAGGAUGGCGAGAGCAACGAAGCGACUAUCACGACGAGGAGCAGCGACAUGGAGGCUCCUCCGCCGCCGCAAAUCUCUAACCCAAGCCCGCCGCCGCCGCCGCGAAUUUACGCGGAGGACUUGAAGAAGGACUUGAAGAGGAAACAGGACAAGUGCAACGAAGUCAAAUUAGAUAGCAAGAAACAACGAUCAGACGAAGGUACGGCGAUCGCGGAGGCGAAGCAGUUGGAGAAUUCCGUGGUGCCUACUUUCUCGUCGGCCUUAGUAUCCCCUCAACCCUCGAGCAUCGCCAGUGUGACUACCGCGGAACCACUUCCGCCGGGCGUUGAUCUAACGGAGGCACCUUAUGAGAUUCCCACGACUGCUUUAAAAAGGAUUAUUUACGGCGUGCAACCGCAGGCUGGCGCGUUGUACGAAGCAGCCGCGAGAGAUCCGACGACGGUUCCCAUUCUCAGUCACCCGGCAGCCAUAGUGCAGGAACAUUAUCUCCAGUACCCUUACCAUCAACAUUUGCACGCUGCUCCCGCGGCCUUAGUUCUCCCACAUAAACACAGCGUGCAACCCGCGAUACAACUGAUAGCUGAUUACACUCCGAUUUACACGAAUCACAAAGUGAUCGAGAAACCGCCGGUUAAAACCGCGAAGGAGUCGCUCGUAUCAGCCUUGGAUUCGUUCUACAACGACAUCGCGCGUAUAGAAAAUGUUGGAACGGAGGUGGUGCCUCAAAGGCAGGACUCCGUGACCUCGGAACCGGCUUCGCUGCCUCAAGUCGAACUGAAACCCGAGAUGGAACCAGAACCAGUUCCGGUCGAGACGCCCGGCAAAGAGAAAAGGAGAAAAAGGACGAGGAUCGGCAUUAGUAAAAAACAUAAGGAGGUCUCGAGCAUGGUCGCGAAAUGGCAGAAGGUGCAACAGAACUUCGAGAAUACAUAAGUCGAUGCACAGCUUGGCGAUGUUCGAAUCGUUGGAUGCGACUUAUAGCGCACUGUACUUCCGCCAGUAUAGUGUUCCUGUACCUGCAACUAAAAGAUAUUGUUGACGACUCUUCAAUUGUCACCCCUCCUUAUUUUUUUAAGACUCGGUCAGAUUCCCAAGGAGCGACGGAUUUACAUGAACUAAAGUUCUGUUCGGUUUGUUUCAACGUUAUCUGUACAGAUUAGUUAUCAUCGUUAUUAAAGUGCUAAUUAUAUACUGCGAGCAGAGAGCAAGAGAGAAUUGUAGCGAUUUGUAAGCAUUUAAAAAAUAAAGGAAAUAUUGUAAUUUAA